AGGCUGCAAUCAGUGUAGAGUCAAGUUCAAAGCAAAUAUUUGCCAUAUUUGGGAUAUCCUGCUUGCAGUCGGCAAAGCGACAGGCGUUUUUUGACGUCGACAGCUCGUCAUCCACGUGCACUCGUCAAUUCGUCACCGCGCCGCAGUCUGCGAGCGGCGUCGCCCGCGCCACACGCCCGUCACUCAACGCUAUCAAACAUUGCGGAAUGCUAUCAUUAUUCGCGCCACUCUCGUUCCGCACCAUACAACGUUACGCUAUUGUUCUCGGUGUUAAGUUCUAUUAGUGCAACAGAAAUGAAGAAAGGAGACCCUCAAUGCAGUUUGAAAAAGAGCGGCUCGAGGUCAGCACGUCUGCUCACUGACAGCAUAUCGUCCUCCGAUGAACCCGAAACCGAAAGGUUGUUGGGCUCGCACUUGCCCUCGGUGGUGGCUGGAGCUGGUGCAAGACGCGAGUCUCUCACUGCACCACCUUCUCCCACCGAUUUUCGAAAGAAGCGCGACACCACCCGCCAACAUAAUUACAUGAACCACCUUCAUCAUCUUAUUCAUUGGAGAGAUAAAUGGAGUGGUGAACCUCAAAGAGCACACGAGAGCCUCCAUCGCAGCGAGUCGAUGGUGUCACUUGCGUGCUUCAAAACGCUCUCCCAGCUGAUCAAUAACGAUGGCAACGAACUGCAGAACUUCCUCUCGGCCAACAAAAACAUUAAUGUCGACGACAGAGAUGAGAACGGCACAACAGCGCUCAUGUGCGCGAGCGAGAAGGGGCGCAUCGAGGCGGUGCGCUUGCUCAUCGGCGCGGGUGCGGACGCGUGCGCGGCGGACACGGACGGCUGGACACCGCUCGCCUUCGCCGCACGCGCUGGCCAUUUAUCUGUUAUAAGGGAACUUUUGGAUGCUGGCGCUGUGGUGGAUUCGAGGGAUUGUGGAAACUGGACACCUCUUAUGUGGGCUGCAUACAAGGGUCAUGAAGAAAUAGUUGGUUUGCUGUUGGAGAAAGGUGCUGAAGUGCAUGCACAUGGGAACUAUAAUAUCAAUUCGCUAGUAUGGGCGGCGGGGCGGCACCACAGCGGCGUGGUGCAGCGGCUGCUGGCGGGCGGCGCGCGGCCCAACUCGUGCGACAAGUACGGCACGUCCGCGCUCACGUGGGCGGCGCGCGCGGGCGACGCGGCCGCGUGCUCCGCGCUGCUGCGCGCCGGCGCCGACCCCAACACCGCCGGCAUGUACUGCUGGACGCCGCUGCUGCAGGCCGCACAAGGCAACCACUUCGAAAUCGUCCAAAUGCUUCUGGAACACAAGCCGAAUGUGAACGCUUUAGACAAAGAUGGCUGCACCGCUCUGGCUAUAGCUUGCAAGGAGGGGUUCUAUGAUAUCGCAUUAGCGCUUAUUAAUUCCGGUGCUUAUAUUAAUGUCCAGGAUCACUCAAAGGACACACCACUUAUACAGGCUGUGAAGGGCGGAUACAAGAACAUUGUGGAGGCUCUGUUAAAAAAACACGUAGAUGUAGACCUGCCAGGGAAGGAGAAGAAAACCCCAGUGUACACCGCAGUGGAAAAGGGCCAUGUGGCCAUAUUGAAAUUACUCUUAGCAUCAAAUCCGGAUCUAGAACAUUGUACUAUAACCGGCGACACGCCGCUGCUCCGCGCGGUGCGGUCGCGCAACGCGGAGAUGGUGGCUCUCCUGCUGGAGCGCAAAGCGCGAGUCAACGUCGCCGACAACCGUGGGGACACCGCCUUGCACGUAGCCAUGCGGGCGCGCUCUAAGCACAUAGUUGAGAUACUGUUAAGGAACCCAAAGAAUAGUCAAUUAUUAUAUAAGCCAAACAAACAGAACGAAACACCGUAUAAUAUAGACAUGAGUUACAACAAGACAAUACUAGGGCAGAUAUUUGGGGCACGCAAACUGAACACGAAUGAAGACAACGAGAACAUGUUGGGAUAUGAGUUGUAUAGUGCGGCGUUGGCGGACAUGUUGUCCGAGCCCAGUCUGUCUGUGCCCAUUACAGUGGGAUUGUAUGCGCGAUGGGGAUCCGGGAAGUCGUUUUUGCUCAAUAAACUAAAAGAGGAGAUGAAGAACUUCGCGCGGCAGUGGAGCGAGACGGGCUGGUCGUGGUCGUGGGCGGUGUGGUGGGGCGCGUGGCACGGCGCGCUGGCGCUGGGCGCGCUCGCCGCCGCGCUGGGCGCGCCGCCCUACGUGGCGCUCGCGCUCUGCUUCGCGCUCUUCGCCGCCAUGUACCUGGCGCUCUACGUGCUGUGGUACUGCGGCCACAGGUACGAGUGGUGGUGGACUGCCGGCGUGCUGUCCUCGAUGGGAAAGCGCUUCAGCUCGCUAUUGCUAGUGUUACAAGUUGUAUUCUGCCAUCCGCCCGGACCCAACGAUCCAAGAGCCCUUCCUGCUACUCCAAUUAGAUUCCACUUCACGGAAGGCAUGAAGAGCGGCGGGGGGCAAGAGAGCGAGGCCACCCUGGUGCAGAUGCUAGCGAGCCUGGCGGAGGCGCUGGAGAGCCAGUACGGGCGCGUGUGCACGCGGCUCGCGCGCGCCUUCCGCCCCAAACCCGUGUCCUCCACUUCGGGGUGGAGAUGGCGACGGGCGUGCUGCAUUCCACACAUAAUAACGUUUGAAAUUAGCUUUACGUGCAUUUUAUUGGGGCUGUGUAUUCUUGUGAUAUACCUCACCGACACGGAUGCAGAUGCAUCGAGGCGCGAGGUGCAGCAGUGGGCGAUGGUGGCGGCGUGCGCGGUGGGCGGCGCGCUGGCGCUGGCCAACGCGUGCACGGCGGGGCGCGCGCUGGCCGCGCUGGCCGUGCCGCCGCGCGCGCGCCUCGCCCGCCGCGCCCGCCGCGCCGCGCCGCACCACGCGCACGUGCUCGCGCUGCGCCCCGAGGUGCAGGCGCUCACGCACACGGUGUCAUGUCUGGACGCAUUCACCGGCCAGCAGACCCGUUUAGUGGUGGUAGUGGACGCCCUGGACAGCUGCGAGCAGGAGAAAGUGCUAGCUCUCCUAAACGCCGUGCAUGCUCUUUGUUCGGACCCCAAGAGCCCUUUCAUACUACUGCUGGCCAUCGACCCGCAUAUUAUAAGCAAGGUUGCUUGGAUGGAGGCAGUAGAAAUAAACAGCCGUCGCGCGCUCUCCGAGAGCAACAUCGGCGGGUGGGACUACCUCCGCAACAUGGUGCAGCUGCCGUUCUACCUCCAGAACUCCGCCCUGCGCAGGGUCAAGAGCGCUCAGCAGUCCGCCGCUAAAAGGAUGCAGACUAUCGCGGCUGACGACUUCUCUACGUCACUGCAGCGUUCCGUAUCAGCGCGCCGCCUCUCAUCGACGUCCGAGCUGAUGUCGAGCCAGGAGCGCAUCAAGACGCAAGCGACCAAGGACAGCGUGCGGCGGCUGCGGCCCUCCGAGUCGAUCGCGUCGUCAGUCGCGUCCGGGCUGCACCGCGCGCCGGUCGCGCCGGCGGGUGCGGCGGACCUGGGCCGCGUGCUGCUCACCGAUGAUUACUUCAGCGACGUCAAUCCGAGGAGCAUGCGCCGGUUGAUGAACGUUCUGUAUGUUACCGGGCGCUUAUUAAAAGCAUUUCAAAUUGAAUUCAACUGGUACCAGUUAGCUUCGUGGGUGAAUCUCACUGAGCAGUGGCCGUUCCGCACUUCGUGGAUCAUCUAUCACCAUGAGACAUAUGAAGAACAUAUAGAUGACUCGACCUCUCUUAAACAUCUUUAUGAUAAAGUUAAACCGCUAAUGAGUGGGCUCCGUGAGGCCGGAACGCUGAUGGAACUGGACCGAGACGAACGCAAGUUAGAGGUGUUCCUGAGCUUCCACCGCGCCACGCUCACCGCCGCAGACCUUAAGAUAUUCCUGCCCUUUACUAUCAACCUGGACCCUUAUAUCAAGAAGGUUAUUAAAGAGGAACACUUACAAUCGGGCAUAGAAGAAGAUUUAGGUGCAGGUGGGGCCGCGCCCUACCACCCAGCGUCGCAUAGCAGGCAUCCACAUUCCAAGCUUUUACAAAGGAAACAGAAAGUCCAGCCAGUGGCCCCAACGCUCCAUCAACCAGCCCAGCAGUGGGCGACGUGGGUUCAAACCAGUGGAAACGCCUUGUCGCCCACGCAGGCCCCGCCCACACAAUACCAGCAAAACCAGAUGCCUGUUGUUGCUGCGAACCCGUUAGUCUUGCUCAAAACAGCUUUUCCGGGAAUGGGCGAGGUGUCGAGCGUGCGGCUGUCGACGCUGACGGUGGAGCGCGUGUGCCGGCUGGUGCGCGACGCGCUGGGCGCGGGCGGCAUGGCGGCGGCCACCGCGCUGCACUCGCACCGCGUGUGCGGCCUCGUGCUCGCCGUGUGCCGCCUGCAGGACCUCAAGCCGAUUCUAGAUUUGCCGUUUGGCGAUUGGGAACUGUUCAAAAUGUUAGUAAUGAAUCUACGUGAACUGGAAUCCACGCUGCCGACAACCACUCCAGCUGUAACAGUCAUACCAGAUAAGUUAGGCGAUGCAGAAACAGACUCAGUGAAACCUAGACCAGUACUCGAACAUCAAAGAAGCAGACAAACCAAUGUGGAAAAACAGCCCUAUGCGGAGUAUCAGGUGACGCUCGAAGAGCAGAUGAUAUGCGGCGCGCUGCAGACGCUGAACGAGGAGGCCAUGGAGGACGUGCUGCACUCGGAGCCGUCGCACCCAGGUGAGCCGCACCUGCGCCCCAUCCGCGAGCUGGCCGCGCGCGCCACCCCCGCUCCCUCGCGCACUUCCUCGCCCUCCACCUCCGCCUCGCGCUCCCCAUCUCCCUCCCCCUCCCCCAGCCGCCCGGCCGCUUCCCCCGCGCGCACCCCGCGCAACUCCUCCGAGGAGGAGCUGCGCCGUGACGUCAUCGUCAACAUGACCGACGACGUGUUCCUCUGAUUGGGCGUCGAGCCGCGCCCGCAAACGGUUGUGCUCACAUAUCUUCCCAGUCUUCCCGCAGACCCCGCCUUGCGUUUACCGCGCGUAGAUGAAGGACGCAGGAGAUGCGCCGCGCUAACGUUACGUGACUCCGCCCGAAACGGGAUCCACGCCUUUUGAUUUGUUCAAAAUAUUUUGUAAUUUUUGAAUUAGUAUUUAUUUGCUUUGUAUUUCCUUCUCUAUUAGCGGGUAUUUAUAAUAGACGUGGAUCCGAAUUCGUAUGGAAUUUUGCUUAAUAUUCAAUGAGCGAUUUUAUUUUUGUGCCAAACCGCAUGCCACUUAAGUUAUGUACGUACAAUGUACAAUCGUUGUGCUAAGAUUGUUACAUCAAAUAAAAUUAUACUGUAAUUCAAGUGCACCAGAAAUUUAACUGUAUACGAAUAAUAUUGAAUAUAUUAGAAAAACAUGUAAGUUUUACAUAUGAAAUGUAAUUGUUAAAAUUGUAAGUAUCUUUCGAAAUUGUUAAUGUCAUUUUAUGACGCAUUAUUUUUUUAUUUGAUUUUUUGUACCCGAUGCUGUUUAAUAAUGUAGUACUUAAAAAGUACUUAAACACUUAAUUUCUGCCAAACACACUUAUUAAUACUGUUAUUUCUGCUUACUUAUCACAAUAAAUGCAUGUAAUUUGCUUAGUUUAAGUAGUGAAAUUUUCUAAAAGGCUUCGUUUAUUUCAUAUUGCAAUGUUUAUGAAGCAUUCCUAUUAAUUUUAAGUAUUUUGUAGUAACUUAUUAGUUGAAAUUGUUUAAAAUCGUGCUUCAUUUAGUGAAAUGUGCAUGCUUUAAGCACUUCACAAAUAAAAUAAUUUUAGAAAUAUUAAAAUACCCCGAUGUGCCAUUGUAAAAGUCAUUAUUUACAUUAAAUGAUUGUAAGAUUGUACAAUGCAAUUGAAAAUUUCUUGUAAUAAUUUAUUGUAUACCCCUAAUAAUAAAAUUUGUAUUUAUGUACAUCAUUUAUUGUAUAUCGUUGUCAAAUAUUCAAUAUCCAGUAGUCGUACUAGUACAAUCUUCAAAUUGUAAUAAAAGUCGGUCGACACGGGCCGACGGUCGCCUUCCCUAGUAUUAGUCACAGUAGAUCUGUAUUCGCAUACAUAUCAUACGGUGUUAUAGUGUAGUAUUAUGGAUCUUCCACGAUUAUCAUUCCAAUCGAAAUAUUUAU